AUGCUGAGGCGCAGCCCAGACUCGCCACCCGCCCGCUGGCCUCUCUGUCCAUGGCCGCACUGUGGGCAUCGUGAUGGGCUGGAGCUUGGCAUGCCUGCUGGCCCCGUGCCUGGUGCCUGGGAGAACUGGCCCAGAAAGGAGAGGUGCCGCCGCUGGCUCCCAACCGCAGGCGGGAGGAAACUGGUUUGCAAAAAUGUGUGUAUUAUGCAAAACUGCAUAUGAACAUAUAUAUUAGGAGACAUUUGCACUAUAAGCCUGAUGAAUUUUCCUGAGUGCUUUCCUUUCUCUGUUAAAUCACAAACCGAUGUGUAAAUGUGGAGAAGUGAACUUCAAUUUCGGAAACAGAGAAACUGAAACUGACAUAUUCACAGUCAUCCCUGCUACAACAUCAGGAGGACCACAGCUCAAAUUCCUACAGUAGAGGUUGGGCAUCCUAGUGUAGAAAGGUAGGGUGACCUAGUACUUUCAGGCAGUUAGAACCCAAACAGGUGUGAUGUGGGAGAUCUGUGAUUGGCUUUCCUUAAUCCUCUCUUUUAAAGCUGGUGUGGGGAGCCCUGAUUUUGACAGAAGCAAUGGCAUUGGGAUCAAGCCUAUUUCUGUGUGUGUGUGUGUGAAAGAGAGAGAUAUGGAGGAAGGGAGGUUUAGAACAUGAAAAAGGAUGCUAAAAUACAUGCCGCCUCCCAUAGGUAUUAUUAAGCAAAGAAGGAAAAGAAAAUAAGAUAAUCUGGCCAUGUUUGUUUUAGCUCCCAGGAGCUAAAAUAUCACCAACCUUUGGCAAGGAAACAAUCAAAGUGCACUUUUCCAGCUGUGUUGUGAUCUAUGCAUUUCCGUGUUCUUCUUUCCUCUUCAAGUCUGUGGUCAACCAGUGUUGUCUGACCGAAUUGUGGGCGGCCAAGCCUCGCAGAUUGGAGCCUGGCCAUGGCAGGUCAGUGUCGGUUGGAAGGGGAGGCAUUUUUGUAGUGGGUCCCUCGUGGCACAACAGUGGGUUGUGUCAGCCGCUCACUGCUUUAGGUAAGUACCAGCAAGGAGGUAGUGACAUUUCACCAGUGUGCUUCAGAAAUGUCUCAGUCUUUCUGCAUGAUGGGGCCAGCUAGGCAUGGCAACACGAGCAGUUGCAUCAAUAUCAUGUUAGAAUGAAAAGCUGGGGAGUCCCCUGAUUUGGAUUGGGACUCUGGUGGUGGUGUGUGUGGCAUUUAACUCUAUGGCGUUUAACCCUUUGACUCCCUGCUGACAUUCCAGUCCGAAUAAGGCCCUUUGCACCUGCUAAUAACGCUAAAAAGGAACUUGUUCAGUGCAAAGGCUAAUAGUAUGAAGGUGUCAUGGCUAGUAUGGACCACUGUUGGCUUUGAAUCACAACCUGGAGGUUGCUGGAUCCUGGGACACCCAUUUUUUAAAUGCUCUUUGACUGUUAGUCAGUGACUCCAUCCCUUGCUGCAGCAUCACACCCCAAUGCAUUUUCUUUUUUGUUUCAUUUCUGUUUCUCAGACUGAAUCCUUUCUCAGACAUCACCGUGACCUUGGGAGCAUAUCAACUUGCAAAUAGAAGCUCCAAAUCCCAGACCGUUCCUGUCGCCCAAGUAAUCCGUAACACAGCAUUUAAUGGGACUGGGACAAGAGGGGACAUUGCCUUAUUGAGGCUCCAAAGACCCAUGAACUAUACCCCAUACUUCCUCCCAGUGUGUGUGCCAUUUCCUUCGGCUGUGUUCCCUGAGGGCAUGGCGUGCUUUGUGACUGGAUGGGGAAAUAUUGGAUUUGAUGGUGAGAGCCUGGUGAGAACAUGGGGUUGGAGGUCAACCUGAAAUGAAUUCUGAAAGAGAGUAGCAUGUUUUGGGAGGGUUUAUCCUUUAGUCAUGGGGAUCCCUUGAGCCAGAAGUGGCUCACUGGAUAGCACAGAUGGCUAUUCUAGCUUCUUGACAGAGUGGUUGCUUACUGGUAGGGAGAGGGAAUGGAUCUGCUGGUGUUUGUGCAAUGUCAACCUUCCCACACCUUGCCUCUCCCCCUCCUGGUGGCCACCACUGAUAAGGCCCUGCUCUAACUGAUGUGAGUCUAGUUGUUGUGAAUGAUGGUACCUGGAAGAAACCUUCUUCAGAGGGGGAAAUGUUUAUAUGGGAAGAUAUGCUGAUUAGACUCACGUCCUAAGCUGUUUACAGCUUUAAGGUUGACACCAGUACUUUAACUUAGCCCCCGUAACUAUUUGGAGGUAGCUGGUAAGGACAUUUGAAAACUAGAAUUGUAUUCUCCCUGUGGCUGGCUCCAGAGAGUAGUGCCAGACCACCAUGUUCCAGUAAGGCUUAUCCUUUUUGUGUUGCCUGUUGACCCUUGACUACUGAUUCAGUCACCAUGCAGAUCUUUACAGUGCAACAGGUUUGUUAAGCAGAGUCAUAUAGAGACUCUUAAUUCAGGCCUGCAGCAGAGUUUCUCCUUGGCCACAAGAAGAAAGGGAGAAGGCAGUCUUGAGGCAGGGUUGCACAGGGUUGCACAUUCACCAUGCCUGAAUGCAACUCACUUUUCUUCUGCUUUGCAUUCUUAGAACCACUUCCAUUCCCUCAGACACUGCAACAAGUCCAGGUCUCUCUCAUAGAUGUUGACAGAUGCAACGAGAUGUACAAUGUGCCCCCAACUGGGUCCAAUUCUGUCAAAGACACCAUGAUUUGCGCUGGAUAUAAAGAAGGAGGAAAGGACGCUUGCCUGGUAAGCAAUUUAACAGUUGUCUUGAAUGGUUUCUUGAUGUUUUCAGGUGUUCCUGGCCUAUUUCUCAGAGACUUCUACAGAUGCUCAGUAAGGUCUCUAUGUGGUCAAGGAGCAGGCACUGAGAUACUGGUUGCCUGGGGUGAGAUUUCGAGGGGGCGUUAUUAUUCCCUGCUUCUGCUUGUUUGUUUCUAGGGUGAUUCCGGGGGGCCCUUGGUCUGUGCCCAAAAUGACUCCUGGUUCCUGGUUGGCAUCGUGAGCUGGGGACAAGGCUGUGCACUCCCGUACCGCCCCGGCGUCUACACCAGAGUCACGUCCUAUGGCGAUUGGCUGCAACGUUACGUUCCUGGCCUGCGGUUUGGAAUUGUGCCCAUCGCUCUGGAGGGGGGAGGGAACCAUUUCAAACUUUUCACUUCCACUCCUCUUGUCACUUUCUCUCUUUCCCUCCUCCUGCCUUUCUUGCAGUGGGAAUUCUUGAGGUGAGGAGUUCCUUGCCAGCUUGACGCUGUAGAAUCAGUGCUGAAUUUGGGUACAUUGUAGGCAGCCCCAGGUUGUGGGGAACCUUUGGGCCUCAAGAUGUUGCUGAAUUACGACUCCUGCUGACCAUACUCACUGUGACUGAUGGGAGUUGCAGUUCAGCAGCACCUGGAGGGCCAAAUGUUUCCCACACCCAGUUUCCUGUUUGAAGGAUGAUUUGGGUUGCAGCUUGAAGAUCAGUAGGGCAAAGCAUUUGUGUCCCAUAGUAAGUGAAGGGUAGGUGCCAUAAUUCUUCUGGUUCCUGGACAAAGUGCCCUAGAAUUCUUUGCUUUCUGCCUUCUUGCAUUGUGACAAAAUCCUCUCAUUUGAAAAGUAAUAAUAUAAUCAGGUUUCUAGUCCAAAUAGCAGUGAUGACAAAUGUGAAAGCACGUUGACUAUCCCAGGGAAAAUCUCAGAAGCCAGGAAGGGGACUCACCCCCUGUUUGUGGGUCUUGCAUGGGCUUCUGGUUGGCUAUUGUGAGAAAAGAAUGCUGGUCUGGAUAGGCUAGUUCUCAAACUUUUUUCUCUGGGCCACACUUUCAGAAUAAAAAUUUCCUCGUGCCACACCAUUUUUUAAAUUGAUAAGCAAUACAUUGGAAAACAAAAAGAAACAACUCCUAGCAGUGCUUGAUUUAUAACACAGAACACAACUACUUUAUAAUAUAAUCAUGGGACAUCCAGAAAAUAUAAAACAAUGAAUAAUAAUAAUAAUAAUAAGUCACUUGUACCCCAAUCAUGUGACUGGGUUGCCCCAACCACUCUGGGCAUCUUCCAAUGGAACAGGAAUCAUUCUCAAAACAUAAUAUUGAUUGUCCUUAAACCUUCCUGCCACACUUGCC